UUGGCAAAAAGUCUUGGCCACCCUUUCCGCUUUUGUGCUCGUCAUCUGUCCUGGUGAACGUUGUGUAUCAAAAUAUGAGAUUAUGUUUUAUUAGGGGUGCACAGGUUUACAUAACAUGGUACUUGGAUUGGUUUGACAAGUAAUCUGAAAGAUUUAAAUAUCUUUUCAGCAGGGAGAGGAUCGAAAAUAUUAUAUGACUUCUUUAUUUGGCCUAACGAACGCAUAACAACAUGAGGGAGUAUAAAGUGGUUGUGUUGGGAUCAGGAGGCGUUGGCAAGAGUGCCUUAACAGUUCAGUUCGUCUCAAACCAAUUUCUUGAAAAAUAUGAUCCCACUAUCGAGGAUUUUUAUCGUAAAGAAAUCGAGGUAGAUGAAAUACCGUCGGUGCUCGAGAUACUCGACACAGCAGGAACCGAACAGUUUGCAUCAAUGCGCGACCUGUACAUAAAGAAUGGCCAAGGAUUUCUUCUCGUCUACUCUAUUACAAAUAUGCAGACAUUACAAGAUUUAGCACCAAUGAGAGAUCAAAUAACAAGAGUUAAGGGAACAGAAAAGGUACCAAUUAUUCUAGUAGGAAAUAAAAAGGAUAUGCACGAUGAAAGAGAUGUUCGUCCAGAGGAAGGUCAAUCAAAAGCAAAUGAGUGGAAUCACUGCCCAUUCUUCGAAACUUCAGCAAAGACGAGGGAAAAUGUGAACGAAGUGUUUGCAGAAAUUGUUAGGAGGAUAAACCUUGCUGAACACACUUUACAAAAACAAAACGGUUGUUGCUCCAUUCUAUAAUUGAUAGAUCCUAUUAAUUAUUGAAUGUGGUUUCCGGCCUAUAAUAAUUCAAAUGAGGUAUUACCCCUACCACUGUUAGGGAAUUAUUUUUCAUAACCCCCAUCGAUUAACUAGUGUCCAAAGUACAAUUCAUUAUCAAGUAUCAAGUUUAUUCGACUUUUUUUCAAAUCUAAUUUCAUACAAAGGGAACUAAAAGUGGGACACCUAUUUCCCCACUUUUUAUCCCUUUGAAUGUUCAAAUGUAUUUGUAAACAAGGGACUUAGACUCAUUCACUUAAUAGAACCACAAGAUGGGUAUGAUAUAUCUCCUAGAAGUGUUUUCAAUAUAAACUCUUUUUUAAAAGUUUAUUAUGGUGCAUACAGCUGCCCAUGCCUUAUCCUUAGGCACUUUAAACCUUGCCUUGCAACAUUCCUCAGCUCAGCCUCCCAGUGUGUAGAAAACCAUGAUAAUCACUUUUGAUACUUCCCUAAUUUUAGGUGAGAUAUGAUUAAUUUGUAAUGAUAGCUAAGUAUAUUUCUUUUUUUCACUUUUUCAGACAUAUGUUUAUUUUAGCAGUUAACUACUGGUGGAUAAUUGUAUUUGAUCUUAUCCUUUAUCUUUAACAGCAUCAGUUUACAAAUUGAUUACUUUUCAUCAAGGCUGUUUGCUACAAAGGGCUACAAAAAAGACUCAAACCAACAUUUUGCAGCCAAGCGCAUUUGAUCAUUUUAAGUCCUAUUUAUAUCCACAACUUUGCCUUUGUUGAGUUACCUGGAAAAGCAGAAAGGACAGGUAGCAAAAAGCUACAUCUACACUGCAGCUAAAACAUAGGAUAAAAUAUACUGUAGUUUUUCUUAAAGACUCAUUGUUAACAAUGAGCCAUGGCGCUAUGCAAGCAUCCCAGAAUGCAUUUUCAGAAAGUCUGAAAUCAAUUAUGGUUAAUAUGUAGAAGUUUACUGCCAUUGUUUUGAUUGUCGACCAGAAAAUUUGCCACCCUAGCAAAGGCUCAUUGUUAGUAAUGAGUCUUUAAGUUUUGCUUUCAUGUGAAUGUGCUCAUAAAUAAUAAUGAUUAAAGAUUGUUUGGGCUAUCACCAAUCUUGUGAGGUUUAAGAAUACUUCAAGUUGAAAUGAAAAGCUUUUCAUUUGAUUUUUUGAAGGUGAUUUGGCUCAAACCUAUGAAGUCCUAUACUUUUUACACAAAUUAUCAAUGACCUCCCCUAUUUUCUCCCCUCUGGCUCUAGAAAGAAAUAUACAGCAUCUUGUCUACUUUGUGCAAAAGGCUUGAAACCUUAAAAGUAAUGUGUCCAUAUAAAAGGACUGCAUAUACCCAACCUGUCAAGUAACAUCAAAAUAAUGUCUUGUAAUUGGUCAGUGUUCUUGUGAUGCAAAACUGCUAAUAUGAAAAGCUAAUCUUGUAGCAGGGUGGAUAAACAGAACAACAGUAAUGGCUGGGGCAAUGGUAUGAAAAGUCACUUGUUUCUGAAAACCCUGCAGAGCUGCUUGCAUUAGCUUUACCUUUAACAGAUACAGGUUCAAAUACUUUGCUUCUUUCAUGCUUACUGAUUUGCACCUUCUUAAAUUGACCAAUAUAGCUAACUGACAAAAAUUUUAUCAUACAUUUGCUCAUCAUGCUUCUCUCCAAAACACUGUUUGCUGAGUUUUGUUAUGGAAUUAAAGCUUUUUCAAAAUCGUUCCUACAAAACUUUAAAAAUUAUAUAACACAAACAAUUGACAAUACAUAGUUUCAAAAUUUCAAGCCCUGAAAGAAACCUCCUGUCCAGUGCCAACAGAAGAACAAUCUUGUUUGUGAUUAGAUUUUCAAGGAGCAUUAGUUCAAGUUAGAUUUCAUGUUGAAAGCUGUCAAAAUCAACACCUUUUAGCCAGUAAGUGCAUUAUAGCUAGAACUACCUUCAAAGAAGCAAAAUUUUGGCUAAACUUUCAAGUCCCUCAAUAGUUAAAGUUUCAUUUGUACUGUAAAAUGGUCUUAGUAAUUGAUUUUGUGGUGAUAAGUUAAGGUAAUUUUCCUGUUGUGAGUAAAUUGGUAAUUAUUUUGUGUGGUUUAGUUUAGCAACAGAAAACAGAGAUAACAGAAAAGGGAAUUAGUUCCCAUUUUUAAUAUUCAUCUGCUCAUAAAAUUUAGAGGGAGAGACGAUAUCCUUAUCACGUAGAAUAAUACAAAGUUGUAUCUAGAGAUAUACAGAUUUAUUGUUAUAUGUUAUAUGUAACAGUGUUUUAAUAAAUAUGGAAAGUGAUAGUAGAUGCAGAAACGUUUGCAUUUGAAGAACAUCGUUUUAUUCUGUAAUGAUCACUGUUUUACUUUAGGUUUAAAGGUAGCCUGGUUUUCAAUUUUAUUCAUGCAUAAAGUAUGUUUGAUUAUGAACGUCAGUAGCAUAUGAGAGA